UGGCUUCCAUGUAUUGCAUAUAACCAGCUGUACUCCACCUCGAUAAUCGCAGUUUGAUGAUUUAUGUCUCCACGUCAUUACAAACCAUGAAGUUUCUCCUUCAGAGUCUAUUAUUCGUGGCUUGCUGCUGCUCUGUCCAGAUGGACGAUUGGAAGCCGACGUCGUUGAAGCAGUGCCGAACUAACGCCGACUGCGGCAACCUGGCCCACGUCUGCUGUUCGAUUACCCCAGCUUUUGGCAAGAGGCAGCUGGGGUUUCCUGUAGAGGUCAACUACUGCCUCCGCUACAAAACGGAAAGCGCCCCCUGGUGUAGUUUACGUUUACAACACUCGGCAGAAAAGUUGAACUACCACGGCCUGUGUCCAUGCAGGCCUGGUCUCGUAUGCAUGCCUUCAGCAGGCCUCGAUCCCACGGUCUACCCGCCCAGUAGAUAUGGGAAGUGUGUGGCCGUUUGAAUAAAAUGAUAAUGCCAUGCA